AUGGCAGCAGCGGAGGGCGACUCUCACAUGGAGGAGCUGGUGGACCACGGCCUGGGGAUGGAGGAGACGGCCCACGGCCUGCUGAGGAGACCCUCGCUGAAGGAGACCUACCACAGCGACUCCCUGCUGGCGCCGGACACUGACUUCAUGACAGAUGACCGAAGCUCGGCGGCCAGCGGCCUGGACGUGGCCGACCGGCUGACCUACCUCGAGCAGAGGAUGCAGAUGCAGGAAGACGAGAUCCAGCUGCUGAAGUUGGCUCUGGCCGACGUCCUCAAGCGGCUCAACAUCUCCGAGGAGCAUCAGGCGGCUGCUGCUGCUGCUGCUUCUGCUGGCAGGAGACCACCGGGUGCCAAAGCCAGGCCGGUGUCUCUGGGUUUGCCCUCCAGGCCUCCCAUGGUGACCUCCGGCGCCGCUCUGCUGAAGAAGAGCUCCACGCUGCCCUCUAGCUCCACGGCCAGGAACUACAGCCCGACGCCACCCCGAAGUGGUGUGAAAAGCCCGCCAGGUAGCGUGAAGGAAAGUCCGUGUAAGAGCACGAAAACACGACCGACGUCUGCGGCCUCAAACUAUAAGAAACCUCAGGAUGGCGGCAAGUCCAAGGAUGCUGCAGUAAGUGUAGGGUCGAGACGUGUGACGCACUGCAAAGUGACUAUGCAGAUCUAUCUGAGCCCCCUCGCAAGAAAGACUGGGUCUUCUGAGGCCGCCAAGUCCACGUCCGCAGUGCCGGCCAACUCGGGGCCCGUGCCGGCGCCGAACCACCCUCAGCCGAAGGGCGGCGGCAGGCCGGAGACGAGGAAAAGCCCUCCGUCGUUCACCCUGGACCUCCAGAAAACCACGAGCAGCCAGCAGCAGAGCGCACCGCAGGACACGUCCAGCUACAAAAGCCCCAUCAAGUCGCCCAGCCAGUACUUCCAGAUCUGUUAUUGA